AUGAGAAAAAUAUGGACCCCUAUAAGAAGAUCAGAAGAUCAAAAAAUAAUCAAAAAUAAUUAUGAUGAAGAAGAAAAGGAAAACUUUGAAAAAUCUUUACCGAAGGAUUUUAUAGAAAACAAUAGAAAAAAUAGAAACCCGUAUUUUGAAAUAAAAGAAUCUACUUUAAUAGAACAAAAAGAAAAAAAAGAAGCUCAAAAGAUACUAGCUUUGGAAUUAAGGGACAAGUGUAGAGCAGAAAUUGAUGAAUAUGUGGAAUGUUCAGUAGGAAGAUUAUGGACAAUUUUAAAGUGCAAAGAUUUAAUGGUUAAAAUGAGGAAAUGCUUAAAAAAAUACGAAAAUCUUGAAUAUGUCAAAUUCAGAGAAAAACAAAUACUUGAAGAAAGAAAAAAAAAUGGCACAAGUUUACUUAGAUCAGAUGAAAGAGCAAGAUACAAUAGAUUUGUAUACACAGAUAAAGAAAAAGGUUGGAUCCCUGAAAAAAGAAACUGA